AGCUGUGCCGAGCCAGGCGUGACAGAAGGAAAACCAGAACUAAAGACUGAAAGACCUCUGCAUCUCCCUAGAGGUUUCACCAUCUCGAUUUUCUUCCUCAUUUCUACUCUUCCAUAAUUUUUAAAUCCUGCCAUUGUCAGAAAAAAACUGAAUAGAGACGGACAGUGCGAAGGAAGUAAGUGAAACCAGAAAGAGAAAUCAAAACGUAGGGAGUGGUAUGAGGCGAGGAUGAUGGCUCUGGAUAUGGAGAGGACAGUCUCUAAGCUCAUGUUUGACUUCCAGAGGAACUCUACCUCUGACGAUGACUCCGGCUGCGCAUUAGAGGAAUAUGCUUGGGUGCCCCCAGGCCUCAAACCAGAACAGGUUCACCAGUAUUACAGUUUCCUGCCUGAGGAUAAAGUCCCCUACGUAAACAGCAUUGGCGAGAAACAUCGCAUUAAACAGCUUCUCCACCAGCUGCCCCCUCAUGACAAUGAGGUAAGAUACUGUAACUCCUUGGAUGAAGAAGAGAAGAGAGAGCUGAUGAUCUUCAGUAAUCAGAGAAAAAGAGACAACCUGGGCCGUGGCACUGUCCGCCCUCUCCCCCUCACCAUAACUGGAGCUGUUUGUGAACAGUGUGGAGUUCAAAUUAAUGGAGGUGACAUUGCAGUAUUCGCCACACGAGUGGGUCAUGGACUCUGCUGGCACCCUCACUGUUUUGUGUGCUGUGUAUGUGGUGAGCUGUUGGUGGAUCUUAUCUAUUUCAAUCAGGAUGGCAAGAUCUACUGUGGCCGUCACCAUGCUGAGAAACUUAAGCCUCGCUGUUCAGCUUGUGAUGAAAUCAUCUUUGCAGAUGAGUGCACAGAAGCAGAAGGGAGACAUUGGCACAUGAGGCAUUUCUGCUGUUAUGAAUGUGAGGCACCACUAGGUGGUCAGCGAUACAUUAUGCGUGAGGGGCGGCCUCACUGCUGCAACUGUUUCGAGUCACUUUAUGCUGAGUACUGUGACGCCUGUGGAAAACAUAUAGGCAUAGACCAAGGACAAAUGGCAUAUGAGGGUCAACACUGGCAUGCCACUGAAGAAUGCUUCUGCUGUGCUCGCUGCCGUCAGUCUCUACUAGGCUGUCCCUUUCUGCCUAAGGAAGGGCUGAUCUACUGCUCCCGCCUCUGCAGCCAAGGGGAUGAGCCUGACCUCUCAGACUCUUCUGAUUCUGCCUUUCAGAGUGCACGGUCCAGACAGUCACGUCGUAGUGCUCGAAUUGGCAAGCAGGGAGCCAAGAACAAAGGAGAAGGUGGCAGACAGCCAUCAUCUGGAUCGGCAGCAGCAACAGGUGACCGUCAUUCAGUGGAAGCAGAUUCCCUUGGUGUGCAAAUGGACCUGCUAAGUGUGUCCAGCCCUGCUCCUAGUCGUACCCCUAACCGCACUCCAACAAGAACACCGAGCAGGACCCCAAGUCGUUCUCCAAGCCUGAACCGUAAGCAGUCUGUCUGGAUGAGCAGGGAUGAGCCAUAUUCUUUUGACUCCAAUCAAAGAGAUCCCUCCCCCUCUCCAAAUCCCCAUCAGCUCCGGAGCCAGUGUAGUAUCCGGAGCCCUUAUCCUUCCUCUCCUAGCCAGCCACCCAAGGUGGUUAGCCCCCCUGAUUCCUGGCACAAAGAGCAACCAGGAAAUAACUCCAAAAAGCCUCCAGUUAUGGCAGCCCUAAGAGGCCACUCUUUCAAUGAGAACUGGAUGCACCAUGGACAGGACCCUGAGUUCCAUCCACCAAAACUGAAGACGCAAAUGAGCUUCAAUGAGGUAUCUAGCCAUGGUGCUGGGUUCUUAGACAAGCGCAGUGUCAGUGUGCAAGGCUUUCCCAGAGAUCUACGCCCCCCACUUCUAAGGAGUAGACACCACAUUGGCCCAAGCUUUGGUGAAUUAACACCCCUUGAGCAGACCCCACGAGGGUCUGCAGACUCACUGACCCUCUCAUAUGCCACAGGAAAUUCUUUGGAUGGCACUACAAGGCGCCAGGAGCACCUUUCCCGCUUCUCAAUGCCUGACUUAAGCAAGGACUCUGGUGUGAAUGUAUCAGAGAAAAGUGCAAUGGGUACCUUAAACUCAUCCAUGCAGUACCGCAGCACUGAAUCCCUGACAUCAGUCCCAAGACCCCUUGCUGAUCUAGGGAUGCCUGUCAGACUGAAGUAUCCUCCACAGCUUUACUGGGACACACCUAGAGGCCUAAGCUUUGAUGAUCCACUCAAAGGGCACAUGGGUCUUGCAGGGAGCAUGGGCAACGUUCAUGCAGUGACUCCACGACCACGGCGAGCUAACACACAAGACUCUCCACGACAGCAACAUCCAAGACAACACCCCCAUCGCAAGAGUCAUAAGAGACAUAGGGGCCACCAUCGCUCACGCCGCUCACGCUCUGACAACGCCCUUCAUUUGGCUGCUGAAAACCAGGGUUAUCCCAGUGACCCUGUUCAGAGAUUCCAUGAUGACUUUCAGAGGCUGCCCUCUUUGAGGAUGUCAAGGGACUCAUUUGGGGCAAAUUACAGACAUAGACAGCAGUUUUUUAGACCUUGUCCUCGAACAACCUCUGACCUGACUCUUCAGGACCCUGGGGGGCCAAGACUAGGCCAAUACAUGGGCAGGUAUGGAGAGUUGGCACAGGGUGAAGAUCACUUUUGCUCCACUUGUUCCUCCUCAUCAGAUGCUUCUGACGAUGAUGGCUACUUUAUGGGAGAACCAAUUCCUAGGCCAGUGCAGGUGCAGUAUAUUGACAACGAGGAAUUGAGGCAGCGUUAUAGCCCCACUAUGAUGGGUGGUCAUUCCCAGCUACAUACACGUAGACGUCGAAAGAGUAAGAACUGCAUCAUAUCAUAAGUUUAAAAAAAAAGAUGUUGUGUGUGUGUGUGUGUGUGUGUGUGUGUGUGUGGUUGUGCCUGGGUGAAACAAGUUACUAGGUGGAUUGUAACCUUAUUUAAGCAUGGUCAAAUCAUACCCAGGAAAACUUGAUCAUGUCAUUUCUCUUCUGUUUACUGUGACAAAAUAUGGCACAAAUACCUGCAUCAUCUUAAUGAAGUAAGUGUGUGUGGUGUGUAUGAGUGUGUGAUUUUCCUUAAAUAACUUACUGAAUAGAUUGUAAUCUUAUUUAAGCAUGAUCAAACCAUAACCAAGACAAGCUGAUCAUGUGUU